UGUUGGAUCGCAGCUUCAUUGUUGAAACACAAAGUUGAUAGGAAGGAAUCAAUUGAACUAGCAAAGCGUCACCUAGAUUUUAGUUGCAAGGAAGAAGAGGCAAACUAUGUGUAUUCAAAGUUGCGGGUAUUGAAGAAAAUGUUCUUAUCCUGGGGAGAUAAUAUCAAGGAAUCUGCUUCUUCACAAGAUCACAUAGCCACCACUGAAGAUAUUAAAAUUACAAAAGAGCCAUUAGAUGCAGGGGAGUCACAGUUAGAGGAAGAUGCAUUUAAGCUUAGAAUGGCCAAGGGGGAAAUGCUAAAAAGUAUUAGACGAGUCCAGCGAAAAUGUGAAAAGCGGAUGACAAAGCUCCUUCGAAAGCAACAUGAGGAAAUUCAGGAGUUUCACAGAUUUUGGGAGGAGAAGAGGUUGCAAUUGGAAAAAGAGCAUAGAGUCGAGUCAGCUUUUGUGCGUUCUAUACAUCAAAAAAAUUCAAUGCAGAUGGAUAAGCUCAAAAUGGUAGAUAAUGAGUUUGCGGAAAAAAUGGAAGAACACAAACACCAGAAGGAUAUAUGCUUUAAAGAUCUCGAGGCAAAGCAUUUGACCGCAAGGGAUGAGGAGAAACACAAGGUGGCUAAUUGGUUGGCAGAAAUAAAGUCCAGCACAAGUGAAGGUACAGCUCUCGAUGAACUUCCUUUGCAUGGAUCUGAAUGUAGGAACAAGGUGGGGUACUCUCGGGCAAGUGAACUUGGAGCUUGCAAUGGCCUUGAGAACGUUGCUCAUGUGCCUGAACAUCUUACAGAACAGAUUCCAGAUAGAAUUGUGCAUAGUACGCUGUUGAGUUGUGUGGCACCAACUGAUAUUACUAAGACUCUUCCAAAUGAAGCGUUAGGCUAUAGCAUACCCGCCGACACUGGAAGUACCCGUGUGAGUGUGUAUGAUGAUGAUGUGGAGACUAUGGCCACGGGCAGAGUAUCGGUUGAUAGAAUGGAGCAGCCCGACAGAGUAGGCAAUUCCACUGCCAGUUCUGAGAAUAUUGCUUGUGUGAAUCCUCCAUCUUCUGAAGAACAGCCACCAGAUGGAGUUCAGUCAAUUUUGAGAGGUGAAGAUGUUCCAUCAGAAGUGCCUGAAACUGUUCUUAAUGAAGUGGUGGGUGAUGUUGAUGCCGGAGAAAUAGGAAGUCCUGCUGUGGUUACCAAUGGAGAGAAUGAAGGAGGAAAUAAAAUGAGCUAUGAUGUAUCAAACGCAUUGAGAAUCCAUAGUGAUGGUGCCAAUGACUCCUUUAACACCGAGUCACCUUUCCUCGGGCCAUCAUUGAUAGAGUUACCUUCAGUACAGCCAGUUGGUACUCCUGCUUGUGAUGAUCUUUUGCCACAGUAUCUGGAGCACGAUGCAUGUUCUCCAGCAUCGAUAUGCAUUGAAAUUGGAGUUCAAGACGAAACUCUUCAUGGCAAUCAGAGUACGUUGGAACAAGGUCUUUCACCUUUGCAACCUGUCGAUGAUGGACCCAUUGAUCAGUCAAAUCAUCAUGCCCCGUUAUUAGAACCUCUUGAUAGACUGCACGAGUCACAGUGUAACGACACAAGUGUGGGUCAAAAUCAGUGUGAUUUAUCUCCAGCUAAUAGACUUGCUCGAGAACCUUGUAGUGAAGGACACAUCUCUUUCCAAAAUGCUGAGGCAUCUUUCCAGUUAGCUGGAAACCAAGCAGAGCUUUCAGAUAUGGCUGCUUCACGAACUGGGGCAAAUUUCGAAGUGCAUCCUCAGCCUGAUGCUACACAAUUACCUCUGGGGAAUAAUCAGCCCAACUUAAGUUCAACUAGCAGAGUUCAAAAUCAACCAAGUGGCGAGUUGCAUGCUUCUUUUCAAAAUGCUGAUGCUUCACCUCUGGUGGACGAGGUCAGAGCCGAGCUUCCAAAUCGAGCUGUUUUGCCAGCUGAUGCAAAUUUGUCCAUUACACAAGGAUUCAACAACUUUCUAGCGCAAAGUGCACGCCAAGCAGCCUCCCGGAUGCCACCUACCCCUUUAUAUGCUGAUCCACUUCAAAAUGAAUUGGAAAGAUUACGUAAAGAGACGGAACAAGCCGUCAAGGUUCAUGAAGAAACGAAAGUGCGGCUGAAAUCUGAAUGUGACAAGGAGAUAGAAGAAAUUAUUGCUCAAAUUCGUAGCAAGUACGAGGCUAAACUUCAGGAGGCUGAGGCAGCAUUCCUACUGAAAAAGAAUAUUUUUGAUACAAAUCACAACAAAGUUCUCAUGAAUAAGAUAUUGGCUGAGGCUUUCAGGUCUAAGUGCGUGGAUCUCAGGUCUACCGGGUCCUUGGGAAUGCCACAAGCUAUGCCUUCUGGUUUGAUGCAGCAUCGACAUCAAUCAUCAUUGCAGCCUACACCAAGACCUCUCGUCAAUGGUUCGUAUCCGGCUGGCCAAGCUGCAGCCAGCCAGCAGAUUACCCCACUCUCUCCACAGCUUCACCAUUCAGCAGCACUUUUCGCAAGCAUUAUGACCAGACCACCUCAUAUUAGCCCCAUCACCCCGUCCACAGUCAGAGUUGCUGGUGAGAUUCGUGCCCCAGCACCACAUAUUCAACCUUUCAGACCUGCAUCCAUGUCCACUGCCAGUUUCACAUCCCUAACACCUGGGAUACCUUGCCAGCCGGCACCAAAUAACCUGCCUGCAACUUCUCCAUCGCAUACCCAGCUUCCACCACCACCAUCAUCAUUACCAACCAAUCACUCUGGCCUUUGUAGUAGGCCUCCCCAGCCUGAAAAUGCUGGAGGCUUGCCAGCUCAUAAUUUAUCGCUGUCUGCAACGGAGAUGCUUAUGGACAUUGAUAGUCGUUCUGGUGCACAUCAGCCUGACAUUAUGCCGCCUCUAGCAGAUUUUAGUACAACCUUUGAUUCAUUAGACUUAUCCGAGUUUGGAGCAUCAGGUAGCAUGCAAGUUAGCUCGGCCCCUUCUGCUGUAGUCGCUGAUGUUGUUUGUUUAUCUGAUGAUGAUUGACCUGCUGAGAUAGUUUGAAAAGUUGCUCCUUGUCUAACUUUAGUCAAUUGCUGGGCGUUGCAACCUCAUUUGUGGGAGAUCUCUUGUAAAUUGUAAUGGCUAACAAGAGAGUGCAUUUAAAAAUGUGCUUGUACAUAAUUGGUUUCUUAAAUCAAGAAACUCUCAGUUUUGUAUGGUUCAAUGCUUUCUUGUACUAUGUUACGAU